ACAUACAAUCAAGUGCAGCUACACACACAUACAUAACACACCGUGCGUUUACCGUUGCUUGGUCGCCAACAAAGUUGAGCGUGCCCUAGCGAACACACACAUGUAUGUACAUUUUCUGCAACACAUCUACCCACACACAGCGUGCGUUUACCGUUCCUGGCAAAGUCAUAGUGGCAAACAAAUACAUUCUCGAACCAACAUACAUAUAUGCCAAAUAUACAAAUUCCAGAACGAAGCAUAUAAAACUGGAUAAAAUAUUGGAGGUUCCUGUUGAGAAUAAAACCGAUACUCGGCGUAAGGAUGUGAAAACUUUCGAUGGAGCUGAGCUUUUGAAAGUAUGGCCAAAAUAUGCUGACUCGCGGGCGCCGGAAUUGGUCCAAAUCUUUAACCAUUCAUAUUUUGAUUGAUCUCUUUAAAACGAAAUCUAUAAUUUUCUUUUUUAUCUUACUAUUUAUUUCGCAGAUAACUUACAAAACUAAUUAGUGUUUAGCUAUUAAGAUAGGUAAUACUCUAAGAUUGUUUAAAGUACUUUCUUUCGUUUAUGAAUUGACAACUGUGUAUGUAGCGU